GUGUGUGUGUGUGUGUGUGUGUGUGUGUGUGCAUAAAUGUAAGGAGCAUCAGUCACCAUUCAUUCUCUUUUUUGAACCUAAUCAGGAUGAGAUUAUUGUUCUCUGUUUAUCUGCUUCAUCUUGUGGCAGUGAAAGCACAGGAAACACAAGGUGGGAGCAUUGACCCAGUGGUCUCACUGAAAAAUGGCCAAAUAAGAGGAGAACUUGUGUCUGUAAAAGGCACAGAGACAAAAGUAAAGCAAUUCCUGGGAAUCCCCUUUGCCCGCCCUCCAGUCGGUCCCCUGCGCCUGGCGGCUCCCCAAGAUCCAGAGCCUUGGGAUGGGGAAAGAGAUGGCACACACCAUCCCCCCAUGUGUAUUCAGGAUUCUGAAAUGGUUGUGAAUGCUUCCAAAGUCAUGUCAGUACAGUACACCCCACCAGAGCUGUCAGAGGACUGCCUGUAUCUGAAUGUGUACACCCAAGCAGGAGUAAAAAGAGGUGACAAACUACCGGUAAUGGUGUGGCUCCAUGGAGGAGGUUUGACAAUAGGUGCUGCAUCUCAGUAUGAUGGAGCUCCAUUGGCUGCAUAUGAAAAUAUAGUGGUCGUUAUUGUCCAAUAUCGCCUUGGCAUUCUAGGAUUCCUGGGCACCGGUGACGAACAUCUUCGAGGAAACUGGGGUUUCUUGGAUCAGCUGGCAGCUCUAAAGUGGGUGCAGGAAAACAUAGAGGCCUUUGGCGGCAACCCUCAAGCUGUCACCAUCGCUGGAGAAUCUGCAGGAGGCAUCAGUGCGUCUAUCCUGACUCUGUCUCCACAAGCUCAAGGAUUGUUUCAUAGGGCAAUUUUUCAAAGCGGCGUUGCAAUGGUUGGAGCCUACACCAGCAGCGCUUCAUUGGGUCUUAUCAAGAUUGUGGGCAACUUGACUGGGUGUUAUGACAUCACGUCACAGAUACUGGUUCAGUGUUUGAGAGCAAAAAGCAAACAAGAGUUAAUUGAUGCGACUAAAAAGAUGAAAAUUUACCUUGGAGCCGUGGUCGACGGCGUCUUUCUGACUGAUACUGCAGAGGAGCUGCUAAAACGGAAAGAAGUGAUGCAGGUGCCGGUGAUGAUGGGAAUAACCAACCAUGAGUUUGGAUGGAUUCUUCCUACGAAUUUUGUUCUUCCUGGCUGGGAGAACGGUAUGACCAGAGAGUCUGUGCUGGCGUUGAUGAACAUCUUCCAUCCUGAAGGGGCCUCUUCAGUCAACAGCCUUAUUGCAGACGAAUACCUGAAAACUGCCAAGACUCCAGAAGAUAUUAGGGACAGAUUCACUGAAGUUAUGGGAGACCUUCUGAUGACACUACCUGUCGUAAAGGUGGCAGACUACCACAGAGAUGCGGGUGUUCCAGUUUACAUGUAUGAGUUUGGAUAUCGUGCUGACACGUACAAACACACCAGGCCCACUUUUGUGAAGGCAGAUCACGGGGAUGAUGCCACCUUUGUGUUUGGAGGAUGUUUCUGGGGUGGAACUGUCCAAAUUAUUGGCAAUUUUACCAAAGAGGAUGAUAGACAGUGUUUAACCAUGAUGAAAUACUGGGCCAAUUUUGUCCGGAGUGGCUCUCCCAAUGGUCCAGGGAUGGUCCCCUGGCCUCGGUACGACAGGCAGAAACAAGAGUACAUGGCCUUCGACCUGAAACAGUCGGUGAGACAGAAACUGAGGGAGGACAGAGUCCAUUUUGCAACAGUCACCCUACCCAAGAAAGUGGAAAAGUUAGCGGCCAAAUCUGGAAGAUGAAAGCAAAAAAAGGCUUGUGUUUAUGUACUGAUACUCCCAGGGUUGUUUCUUUAAAGACCAGUGUUUACCCCUUUUUAGUGGUCUCCAUGAGCCUGACAGUCAUCUAGUAUUUGUUUUCCCGGUGUAUAUGUUUUAAUAAUAGCAUAAAUGUGUAGUCAAAUGAUAACAUAAAUAAAGACAACGGCAUUUAA